AUGUCUGCAGAUGCAGCCAAGUCCCACCCACUGGUACAGGCACUGGUUCACCUCACUGCAGGGGCAGCAGGCGGGGUGGCAUGUGUGGUGAGCGGGCAGCCCUUUGACACAAUCAAGGUGAAGAUGCAGACCUUCCCCACCAUGUACCGGGGUUUCUUUGACUGCUCAGUCCGGACGUACCGGCAGCAAGGGCUGCCUGGGCUGUACCAGGGCACCACUCCAGCCCUGCUUGCUAACGUGGCAGAGAACGCAGUGCUCUUCGCUUGCUAUGGCUUCUGUCAGCAGCUGGUGAGGCAGCUGUUUGGACUGAGCAGUGUGCUGGAGCUGAGCGACCUGCAGAGUGCGCUUGCCGGCUCGUUCUCCUCCGUCUUUUCCUCUAUGGUGCUGUGCCCUGCGGAGCUGGUGAAAUGCCGCAUGCAGGCCUUACAUGAGAUGAAGGUCACCGGGCGAACAGCACUAGCACGUCACAGCUCUACCUGGGCUACUGUGAAAAAUAUCUUUCAAUCUGAGGGCCUGCUGGGAUUUUUCCAGGGCCUGACCAGUACUUGGCUACGGGAGGUGCCUGGCUACUUCUUCUUCUUUGGUGGCUAUGAAGUCAGUAGAAGCUUUUUCACCCAGGCUGGCCAGUGCAAGGAGGAUCUGGGUGAGUAA